AUGGAUCUUCUAAACAGACAACCGCAAUAUCUCGGCGUUACGCAACCUGCUUCUUUAAGUUACCCAAAUCCUAGAGAAAUCGGUAUCUCGGAUUUAUUAAUUCAGGAACUUUUAAUACAAGGAACGUUCGAGAGUGAAGAAGAGACAAGACGACGCGAAAUAAUUAUAGAUAAAUUCGAUAGACUUGUAAAAGAGCUUAUUUACAAUAUAAGUCGGGAGAAAAUGUUUUCAGAAGUCGAUGCUAAAGAAGCUGAGGGGAAAGUUUUUACUUUCGGCUCAUACAGACUGGGGGUUUAUGGUGCUGGUGCUGAUAUCGAUAUACUUUGCGUUGCUCCUAGACAUGUAACUCGGAAUGAGUUCUUUUAUUUUAUGUCCAAUGCCCUUAGCAAUUUUGCUGAAGUAAGCGAACUAACGAGUGUCAUCGAUGCUUACGUUCCUGUUAUAAAAUUAAGAUUUCAAGAUAUUCUAAUUAAUCUUGUUUUUGCAAGAUUAGAUCUUGCCAAAAUUCCCAAUGAACUCGAGAUUAAAGAAAAUUCUCUUUUAAAAAACUUAGAUGAAAUAUGCGUCAGAAGUUUAAACGGUUCUCGUGACGCAGAUGAAAUAUUGCGUCUUGUUCCAAGUCUUCCAGCUUUCCGCACAUCCCUGAGAUGCAUAAAAUUUUGGGCAAAGAGACGCGCUAUAUAUUCUAACGUUAUGGGAUUUUUUGGUGGGAUUGCAUGGGCAAUUUUGGUUGCACGAAUCUCACAAUUAUAUCCAAAUGCUAUAGCUGGCGCGAUCGUUGCUCGAUUUUUCAGAAUUAUAUAUCAAUGGCAGUGGCCUAGCCCAGUGUUGUUAAAACAAAUUGAGGACAGCACUCUUCAAUUCAGAGUAUGGAAUCCAAAGAUAUAUCAUGAUGAUAAGUUUCACUUAAUGCCAAUAAUUACGCCUGCUUACCCUUCAACGUGCGCAACACAUAAUGUAACACAUUUCACUAAAAAAGUAAUGGAAAGAGAAUUUAGGCGAGCUACAGAAAUUAUGGAUCACAUAAUGAUCGGUACAGGAAAAUGGUCUGACCUUUUUGCAAAGCAUAAUUUUUUUGAAAAAUAUCGAUAUUACCUACAAAUUAUAGUUUUAUCCGAUUCUUACGAAAAACAGUUGAAAUGGACUGGCAGGGUAGAAUCUAGAAUUCGUUACCUAAUAUCAAAGCUUGAAAAUAUAGAGCAGCUUGCUUUAGCUCACCCUUUUACGAAAGGGUUUAAUAAAAUUCAUCAUUGUAUAAACGAUCAAAUGGUGAAGGAUGUAAUACACGGAAUUUUUGAUUCAACGUCAAUCAAUGGAAUCAAGAGUAAAAACAACGCCGAAUUGUCACAAAAUGUACAAAAUGACACUAACAUAACGACUAUUCGUGUUAUAUAUACUACUAUUUUUUACGUUGGUCUAGAAAUUGAAACUGGCACUAUGUUACCCAAACAGUUAAAUAUUACAUGGCCAACCCAAGAAUUUAUAAAAUUAGUCAAAGGUUGGGAUAAAUACGACGAAAAAUCUAUGGAUAUUAAUGUAAAAUACGUAAAGAGCGCUGAAUUGCCUCCUGAGGUAUUUGAUGACGGUGAACGUUUUUAA